CGUAAAGUAGCAUCCCAAACUUAGAUUGCCUGUCUAGAGUCAUACUCCUCGCAGUGUUUUGUUUGAUUAGAGCCAUUGGGCCAUUGCUUCAGGAAUAUGGUCUACAGUUAGCUCCGGCCGAGAAUAUGAAGUAAUGCAUCGCUGUGUCAGUGUGUGUAGGCUAGUUGUAGGUCACCGGUUUGUGUAGCAUGCCAGUUAGCAAACUGAUGGUGUGUAGGCCUAAACUAAAAUAGCUGUAUUAACGACUGCUUCCACCGAAGUGAUGGCGCAGACUAGGUCAGGUCUCGACAUUAACAUCAUUAAGUCUAACGUCGGGCUUACUCACCAAGUUGGGUUACAGAAAGGUCAUUUUACGCUGUCAUGCCUGAUAUACCAUUAUCAAAAUCGGCAAUGCCAAUGAUGAAUAUAUACAAGUGUUGUGAACAAAAGUGGUGAUAAUGCCAUUAAUGGUAUGGUUUGGUAACAAAUAUCAUUAUCAGAGUAGCCUAAUAUAAUAUGGUUGUUUCCGGUAAUAUUAUUUCCGUGACUAGAGUAGAAGAAUUACCAACUAGAGGAAUAUGAAUAUUGGAAGCAAAUAAGCUUUAAGAUGAGAACUCUGCAACGGAGAUGUAAACAAAUCCUAAAAUUUAUAGGAUUAAUAACCUUCUUGCCAGUGUAUGUAUAUUUAGUGUAUAUAAAGCCAGCUGAUAUCAGGGUGAAGUUAAUACAAGAAAAAGGUGUGUUGCAUACAUACAUAAACAACAAACUGCAACCAAAUCUGGACAUAACACAUAAUUUUACAGAUACAAAGAUAAUCUUAUGGCAUGUUCCACCCAGAUAUGUGAAUGACACGACCAAUCUCCAGCCUUUAAAAGAGUGUCCAGACAAGUGUUUGUUGACUACAAAUACAGUAUACAUGAGUGUGAGUGCUGCUGUACUAUUUAAUGCCCAGAUUAUGAAAUAUUGGAAUCCGCCUAAGAGACACAACACUGACCAAGUUUGGAUUCUACAUGACACAGAACCACUGACUGGGUCUUGGACUGUAGAUAAUGCAUUUAGAAAAUCGCUCUGGCGAUCUUUAUUCAACUGGACAAUGUUUUACAGAAGUGACUCUGACAUUAUUGCUCCUUAUGGUGUAGUUAGUAAGAAAACCUUGUCAGAGUUUUACAACCGUGAUCUAAAUUUGUUGGUUAAAAAUAAAACUAAGAAUAUAGCUUGGAUGGUUAGUAAUUGCUAUGUGGAUAGUAAAAGAUGGGAAUUUGUCAAAAUUUUACAAAAAUACAUCAAAGUUGAUAUUUAUGGGGAAUGUGGCAUAUUUUGGCCGCGAAACAAAGAUGUGGAAUUUAUGAAUAUGGUUAAUUCGACAUAUAAAUUCUAUCUCGCAUUUGAAAGUGCAUUUUGUGAAGAUUAUAUAACAGAAAAAUUCUUUUAUCAUUUUAACAGUGAUUAUAUUUUGGUGGCUCGUGGCGGGGCAAAUUAUAGAAAAUAUAUUCCUGCUGGAACAUUUAUAGAUUCCAAAGAUUUUAAAACUAUUAAAGAUUUAGCGGAUCAUCUACAUUACCUAAGUUCAAAUCACGAGGCUUAUAUGAAAAUAUUAAAACGUAAGGAUCAGUAUUUAAGUUUAUAUGAAGUUUUGCCCACAGUGAUAAAUAAUGAAGUUGUGUUUGUGCAUCAUCAAUAUGAGACACCGGCCAUGUGUGAAGUUUGUCAUAGAGUACAUAAUAUACAAAACUAUUCAAAAACGAUUGAUAGGGUUGACCUGUGGUUUGAUAAGAAAUUGUGCUAUUCUCCAAAUGAUCUUAUAGCUGUUUGAUAUAGUAUUAUACCCAUUUUUAUAUGCCGACAGCCCACAUUGAAAUGUGGUCGUAUAUUGUUGUCACCCCUGUUCAUUGGUCUGUCCGACUUUGAAUUUAUACACUGUGUUUAAGGUCAAUGAUGUCCGAUAAUUACUGUCAGAGUUAUUGCCCUUGAUCACUUUGAAAAUCUUCUGGACACUCUAGAGGCUAAAGUUAAUAUCCGAUUGACCUUAAACUUAUCUUAUACACAGUCAAUAAGGUCAUGAGCCAAUAAGCCGAUUUCCGAUAAUUACAGGGGGUAGGGGUGGGUGGACGGCCAUCCUCGGUUACUUAGUGUACUCAUUCCGUUCUACUCCACUAUACCCUGGGUUAAUCUAUGGGGGGGGGGACACGUUUUCAAGUUAUCCGCCCUUGAUGAUUGUGGUAUUUUUAUAGACCAACCCCAUAAAUUGUUAUUUAAAAAGGAAGUUGGCAAAGGGAAGUAACUCUCAUCCGACGAUGUUAGGAGUUGGCCUAUUCUAAAUGCGUAAUUAUUAACAACCAAUUUUAUAUUAUCUUAAUGGAGACGAGACGUUCAAAUAAUAAUGUAGGGUCAUUAGUUUUAUUUAGAAUCGUUCGUUCGUUCCCAAAGUUUUAAGUCCACGUGAUAUCAAAGAUAAGUUACUGUAAAUUGUUGUUGUUAGUUAGUUGUAUUUUACGUCCGCUUCCACCGAGGUGAUAUCGCAGACAAAUUUACUGUUACUGUAAAUCAAAUUGCCAAGUAUAAGUUAAAUAAUAAUAAACAUAACAGAAUGACAUAUUUCAGACAAAGAACGAACAGUAAUAAUAACAACAAAAGUCAAACAUAUAGAUGUUAUACAUAUUUGAAAUCAACAACACAUACUACAGAUUUUGAUAAUACAAUUAAAUAUAAAUAAAUUAUAAAUAUAUACAUUAUUUACAUAAAUCAUUCAGUUAAUCGACAUGAAUUUGAUUAUCUACCCUUAUAAAAACAAAGGCGAAACGAUUGGUUUGUAAACUGUUUUCUGAUUGGUUCGUAGACUGUAGCUACAUUCUAGGCCAGGGCAGAUAAUUUGAAAUCGUGGAAACCCUAUGGAUUAACCCAGGGUAUAGUGGAGUAGAACGGAAUGAGUACACUGGGUAAUUGAGGAUGGUGGACGGCUGGAUGGUUAGUGUACUGUGCACGUUAUAUCAUAAGGUCUGUUAUUGAGUAUAUAUAUGUACUAGUUCAUUAAUACCCAUGAAUAACGUCCUACUGCUCUGCUGCGACUGGGCUAAUGAAGAUGGGCAUACGCCAUACUGUGUGCUAUGAGGGACAUUUUGCCCGGACAGUGGCGCUACAGCCUACUCUUACAUUGAAUUCCAACUGCCAAAAUUGUAUUGCAAUAUUUCUACAUUCUGUAUUGAAAAUUGAAAUAUCUCAAUAUUGCAUUGUAUAAAAACGUGACAAGGAGUAGGAUCGCCUGUCCAACCUUGUGGGUUUUCUCCGGGUCCUCUGGUUUCAUCCCACUGCUAAAGACCCCUACGCGUAAGCGAAUUAUUGGAAUAAAAUUGAACCAUGUGUUAGUCCCGAAAUGACCUUAGUUUGUUUCGAGUGGACGUUAAACCCCAUCUCUCUCUCUCUCUCUGAAGGGGUAUGUUGUGCCAUAUAGCAGGGCAUGUUGUGCUAAGAGGAUACUUGUCAAAACAUGCUUUUAGAAUAAAACCAGUGAUUGUUUCCCAUAAAAUAUGUGUUCUGUUUUAAGGGGGAUAAGUUAGGACAUUUCUAAUGAUAUCGUUGACGUUGAGUCAAUGAUCUACUACCUACAUUCCAAAUUUCAUAAAAAUCAUUCUUAUAUUAAAGAAGUCACCAAUUUGGUUUUACGAAAUGUCAAUGAGGUCAUUUUCGAAAUUCAAAAAUCGGAAAUAGCAGAUUUGAGGUAAAUGUUUCAAGGUACUCAAAGAAAUUUUUUUUUAGUAAAAUAGGUCAAAUAGUCACAAAGUUACAGCAAUGUAGGUCAAAUGCUUUCGUUUGUAAAAUUCGGUGAUUUCGGAUUCGUAAAACGUUUUGUAAAUAUAUUCAUUCCAAAGCUACCACCCAAUCUUGUGGGGUAGGUAAAAGUUUCAGAAAGAUCCUAUGGUUAGAUUCACAGAUAUAAGAUUUGCAGGAAAAUAACAAACAAUAAAAUAAUAAUAAUAAAUAGAUCUCCCAGGCAGAUAUGAAAGCUUUCAUAUUCACGGUCACUUCCUGUCACAAUGUCAUGGGUUAUAUAAAGAAUCUUAACAAGAAAAAGUAAUUAUUAAAAUUGCUCAAAAACUCGCGAAGUUAUAAGCUUAAAUAUAGGUAGAAACAUUUCACCCGGGCGAAUAAAUAAUCUGAAAAAUAAAAGAAAAUAACUGAGACUUGUAUUGCUGUAAUCUGAUUCAUGUAAUUGGUAUUAUUUGUUAAUAUCACAAUUUAACAUGUGUAUAUCAAUCUUAGCCUAGUAAUAAUGCUCAUGCUAAUAUUUUUACAUUGUACUUAAUGCAUGUUACUUUUUGAGAGAAAUUUACAUUUUUACAAAUAUCCAGUAUGAGGUCACCAUCAUACAUAUGUAGCAUAUCGUCUCUCCAUAUCAGUGUCUUCCAAUGUGUCAGUUUGUGCCAUAAUUUAGUCUUGAAAAAAAAACUACUCUCCAAUAGGCCUAAAUGUGUAUGAAAAUUUGCUUUAAUGUUUAUUAUUCUGCUAGUCUGUGCCAAUAUAUUUAUAUGUAUUUUACAAAUUAUAUUUUAAUAUGUAUGGGAUUGUGGAAUCUCAAGUGUGAUAUCUGUACAGUGGAAUCCAUGUAUGUACCAUAUAGGUGUACACAAAUGGAAUUGUAUGAUAAUUUGACCCAAGCCAUCUGUUUUUAAAGAUCAAAACCAAAGACAUAUACACGUAACUGUUCAUUUAUAUUUUCAUUAUUGGGCCUAAAUGCAAUAGUUUUAAAUAAAAGUCCAAUAAAAAUGUCAAUGUCAGCGAUAUAUAUAAAGCUUUUAAGCUACGAUAUUUCAAACAUAUAUUCAUUAUCAUUUUCUCGAUAACGAGGAAAGGACCAUCAAUAAAAUUGCGCUUUAAUUAAAAUAGUAAUUGUCGGCCAUAUUGUGCAAUUGUGAUUAUUAUGAUAUUAUGCUACAUAUAUUAUGUUAAUAUUUACAUAUUGUUAUUGUCUGUAUUCUUAAGACUUAAUCAAAAACUUUUGCAAGUUAUUUCCAAUGCAUGUAUUAGGUUUGAUUUGGUUAACACUAAAUUCCUUGUAUGAAUAAAUGUUAUAUUAAGUUUGUACUGUUUCUCUCUUUAUUUUUAUGUGAAUUAAUUUUAUUAUGGUCACAUUGAAAUGUGGUCCUAGUCCUACAUGUGUAUAUAUUAUUGUCACUAAUGUCUGUCAGUUUGUCAUCCAUAAUUGCUUGUAAUUGAUUUUUAACGAUUUGAGAUAACUUGAAUAGCUAAAAUAAGUUAUUGUCUCAUCUCAUUAGUGGUACAGUAUACAGGCUGACAUUUUACUAGACCAUGGGCCCUUAUUCACGAAAACUUAAACUAAGAUACAAUCAAAAUUUUAAGAAAUACUGCAAUUCAAUUGGCUGACCAAUAUGCAAAUUGGAUAUAUGCAAAUUGAUUUUACUGGUCAGCCAAUCGAAUUGCAAUAUUUCUUAAAAUUUCGAUUGUAUCUUAGUUUAAGUUUUCGUGAAUAAGGUCCCAUGGGCUGGAAACCAUGCAUCAACCAUGAUUGUGGAAUUGUAUAAACAUGCAUCUUCUUUAAGCUUAAGGCAUGGUUCCCCCUUAUCAGUGGUGUAGGAUAAUGUAUAGUUGUGUCAUAUAGUUAGUAUCAUACUAUGUGUUAUCCAUUUAAUGUAAGGUUGUAUGUGUGAGAGAGUGUACACUCCAGUGAGAGAGGUCAGUUGACUUGUGGUUGUCAGUGUGGGAGGACAUAGCAUUGAGUUCUAGUUUUGAUCAUAGUGAACUGGAAUAAACUCUUUUACAACUUA